GAGAGAAGAGGAACGAAUUAAAAGUUGACAAGGGAUAGUGAUAAAAAUGUGUUACUUUCGUAUUUACGUAUCGAUCCUCGGCAAGAGGUUUCUCGCUUCUAGAGAUACGUUUCUACCUUUCUAGAAAAAUACGUAUGGAUACGGUUCAAUGAUAACAUGUCAACAUUGAAAUUAAGUAUGCAGGAUAAGAAGGACUUGGAUAAAUUUACGAAAUUUUUGGCGUUAAAGGCUGCCCAAAUCAUAGUACAGUCCAGGUCAGGAGAGAAAGUAUGCACAAAGUGUAAACCAAAUUCAUCGGGUACAGAUUGGUUCAACUUGGCGAUUCAAGAUCUGCCGGAUGUCUUGGCAGAGGCUAAGAGAGCUCUCUGCGGUGAAAUAGUAAAUUCCACUAUACCGCUUUGUAUAGAAAUCUCCUUGAGGACCGUAGAAGGCGAUACGAUGGUUUUAGAAACAUGGAGUUUAGGCGUUUUACCAGAACACAGUGAUCCUACAGUAAGAGUAACCUAUACGGUUUACAACAGAAUGGGUAUUUUAUUAAAAUCGUUGCUCUCCGUCUCGAGGAUUACUCCAGCUUAUAAAUUAAGCCGUAGACAAGGACCAGACUCUUACGUUAUCUGCUACAGAAUAUAUAUGGGGGAACCUCAAUUGCACACUUUAGGAGACAACUACAAGCACGUGAGAGUAGGACAACUGUGCACUCCCGUUGGUACGAUACAUUUGUCGGUCUCGUAUAGGACUAAAAUGACUAUUUCUCCAACCCAUACGGGACGAGAUUCGAUAAUGCUUAAAAGCGAUCAUUUUCAUUCGGAUCUAAGUCCACGGCAUGCCCGUUAUCAACAAAGCGAAGAAAAUUCCAAAUCUUUGAGCGAUACUAUAAAAGUAGGGGCAUUUGUAAUUAGUAAGCCCCCUAUGGUCAAUGAGGGAGAUUUAGUUAUACCAGAUGUACCGUUCAGUUCUUUGCUGACUCCUCGACAAACCUCACCACCUCCUCCUGGUUCUCUCGGCGAUACUGUAAAUGCGAAAAACGUAACGGCGGGUGUUGCCACGGACAACAGCAACAAUGGUAACAAUGAAAGACUGUCGAACGAUAAUAAUACAACGUCAAAGUCCAAUUCGCAGAAUGAAUCUAGAAGAAGUAGUUGUUCUAUGACCAGCGCAAAUGACGAUUUCAUUAUGGUAGAUUUGAAAACACCAUUCGCUAUUACUAACACUAACAGCGAUUUGGGAGCCUUCUAUCGGGAAUGCCAAAGUGCGCCCCAGCUUCAAGCAUUUAUGGAGGAAAGAACACUGGCAGAACAAGUGGGAGAUCUUACUAAGCAAUUGGAAACGUUCGAAACGAAUAUGCAGCAUUACGAAGACAUUUUAUCGUCCCUAUGUCAAACUGAAAACAAUAACUAACGGACGAGACAUUUUUCAUGUAUUUCUCGAUGUGUAAGAAUAUUAUUUAUUACACCACGCACUCAUAUUUAUUGAAAUUCUCUUCUCAUCUAGUAGUAUAUAUUAUAUUGUUAUUAUUAGGAACGAAUAUCAAUAUGCUGGUGCAACGACGCUUCUUUGUUAUUCGACGACAAAUCGUAUGGUAAACGUGCUGCUUCUCUAUUAUCCGUUUCUCUGUCGAAUUAUAUAAUAUAUACGAUUGAUGGAAAAUAAUAAUCCUUUACGAUGAGAAUUUUAAACCAUUCAAAAAUAUAUGCCAUUGUUAAAUGUUUUCUUUAUAUACGUUUGAGAGCAGAAUAUCUUGGAUAUAAAGCCUUGUUGACUCGUGCGCGUCUACACGUUACGGGCGUAUAUA